AUGUCUUCACCGCCCCCCACUAAACCACCGCGAGGAGUGAAACAGGGAAAAGAAACUAGUGGCUUGUUAAUGUCAGUGAUCCGAACACUAUCAGCGAGUGAAACAAAUGAACAGAGAGAGAAAGAAAGAGCAAAAUUGGAAAAGGAGUACAAAAAGAGUGAUGCACGCCUCGAUGAACUGGUGGCUGCUCAUGCACAAGAAAUAACAGAUGUUAUGCAGAAAUUCAGUUUAGUGAGUACAGCAUUGAGUUCUUGGGGUCAACAUUGUUCAGCGGCGGAGGCUCGGCUGGCGGCUUGUAGGGCUCUACUGAGGGUACGCAGAGAUGACCUCCGAAGACUGUGGGCUGAUGCCAGGACACAUCACCAUGCACUACGGAUGCUUACCGAUAUUGAGCGUGUGGUCGUGUGUGAGCGCGAGGCUCGUGAGUUGACCGCGGCGGGGCGUGUUGUGGGCGCGGCGCAUGCUCUACGGGCGGCUCUCAUGACGGCCAGGACCGAACUGCCCGCAGUCACCGCGCUCAGCACCACAACCGACCAUCUAGAGGCUAAGAAGCAGGAGUUAGUUGACGUGAUAGUGAGCCGGUUGAGUGACGCGGUGUAUCGUGACGAGCGAGCACCUCUCAACAGACGACUGUCAGCCCGGAGGAGGACCGCGCUACUACUGGCCGAGCUAACGAAGAGCGAGGAGGUGACGGAUUCGUUCCUACAAGAUAUUACCCCGGAGUACGAAGCGUCCCUCGCUGAUGAGGACAGAACCUUCGAGAACAACGUCAUGAUAUGUAUGGAGGCGCUUGGAGUACUGGAACAACUGAAGGAGGCCACCGAGAAGUUCAAAGUUCAAAUACAGAACGAGCUGCUGGAAGUGAUCGACUCAGUGUCGCGACGGAUCAUAGAAGAAGGAGACGUGGAGGAGGGAGAAGAGGACGGAGAGAUACAGGAGGCUGGGGGAGAGAGCGAGACGGGGAGACCGCUCACCAGGCUCAUACACUGUCUGACUGAGGAGUUCGAGGCUGGCGGGACGAGGAACAGACGUUCGAGGCUGGCGGCACGAGGAACAGACGGUAAGGAGGAGGGAGCGGGACGGAAGAUACGGGAGGCGGGGGGAGAGAGCGAGAGCAAAUGGGGACUUUUGCUACAGCUGUGGCGCGCCGCGUUAACAAAACACAAAAUAUCUGACCAGACGCUUCACACUGAGCAACACUACUGGAGCGCCGUGCAGCAAGUGAUGCAGCUCCUACUGACGGAGUAUCUCGAGAUAGAGAGUGUGGCGCUGUCCUCCCAGCGGCCGCCCGAGCCGGUCGCUGAACUCAAACUGAGCGACUACUUCAGUAAGAAGAAGCCGCAGAGGAGACGCGACAAGCUAUUCAAACUUAUGACGUCCCCCCCGCCGUCUGUCCGUGGUCGUCGUCACCGCUAUCCGUUAGUGUGCACGCCGCAGCCGGCGCUACUACACGCCGCGCUGCCGGCCCUACACGCUCUGUGUGCGCUCAUAGAGAAACCCGGUGCAGGCGAGUGUUCCCUCCGCAUGUUCGUGUCGGACUACGUGAGGUGGUGUGAGACCGAGCGUCUAUCCCGCGAGGCCCGCGCCGCGGUCGAGGCCGCCGUCAAGGCCCCGGGGGCCUGGAGGGAGAGGGUCAUGGUAUCUGGACGUGAGAGUGAUCGUCCAGUGUUAUCGUGUUGUGUGGAGGCGUGGUCGGGUAUAUAUUCGUGUGCGCUCCACGCGCGUCGCUGCGGCUCGUGCGGUGGGGUGUGGGCGGCCCGUGCCAGCCGCCCAGCGCUCUCCGCCCUAGCUCAGCACGCGCGACUCGCACAUUCCACCCUACAGCCGCCCCCGCCCGCCCGAGCUGCACGAUGGCUGGCCGAUGAUGACAUCGUACGCUUCCUCACCGCACUACCUAACUACAUGGCUGUAGUACAGAGACAAGACUACACGGAUAAGGAACUGAAGCAAGCGUACGAGCGUGAGGCGGAGAUCCUCGGGUCGAGUCUUGGUGACGGGGAGGUGUCCGGCAGAGAGAUCACACACAAGAUAGACACGCUCGUGGAACUGGCGCUGCUCAGCGAGAGCAUGGAGUGGUUGUCUCAGAAGAUUAAAACCUUACCGAGUAUAAUGAGCGCGAGUUCGCCGUCCGCUCCCGGGAUCAAACUGUCGGAGAAGUUCAUCAACGAAAUACAAGCGACCGCCGCUGUGUUUGAAGACAUCGCACAAAAAUGUCUACUGUUCCUACAUUUGGAGGUCCGCAUCGAAUGUUUCCACUACCUCGGUCAGGAGGAGCGCGAGGAGGUCGCGGGCCCGGGGGACGGGGAGGAGGCCGGCGGGGCGGGGGGGGCCGCGCGACUGGCGCACAGGCUGCUGGCCUUACACGAACACGCGGCGAACAUACUCACACCCGCCGCUAUGACGUACAUAAUGAACGGUAUCGGUGAGAUGAUGUCCGCGGCGGUGGUGUGGCGCUGGCAGAGCUCGGCGGCCGUGGAGGGUGCGAGGGGUGCGGAGGGUGCGAGGGGUGUGGUGGGUGCAGGCGCGGUGUCCCGCCUCGCCGCUCUGCGCCACUGCCUGGCCGCGCUGUCGGUGCCUCACGACGGCCUUCACGCCGCACACGCUUACAUGCACUUACUAGCCUGCACACCCGAGGAGAUCAUAACAUCGGUCCGUGAGAAAGGUCCACAGUUCUCGGAAUUGGAAUAUUUGAACGCCUUCAAGGUUAUAGGAGCUCGUCGUGGCCUCUCCUCUACAGACAUGAAGGAACAACUCAAACAACUGUCCGCCGCACUCGGACAUGUUGGCGUUACAGUGUGA